CACUCUCUCGCUCGUCCUAUGAGCCACACACAACAGUGAGCCUGACUCUUAACUCCACACUCUGCUACACAGACAGACCCAAGAAUCACACUCUGCUCUCCUCUGUUGCGCUGCUUUUGCUCCUCUCCAUUGGAUAUUCCUCCUUGGGUGUUUUUUGUUUUUUGUUUAAAUGUAUUUUUGUGAAUGGGCAUCCGUGGCCGGUGUGAGGAGCUUGUGAAUGGACUGAUUUCCUGACUGGCUGACUGAUUGACAGACUGGCAAAGAGAGAGGCAGCUGCGUUUCAAUUAAAAAGGGCAAUGCUGAGAGGUCAAGUGAGGAGCAAGAGAGCCUCUUAGUAGUCUGGAAAUACAUGUGACACGUGAGGGGAAUCAAGAAACUGAAGGCACGAUAAGCAACAGAGUCAGAGAGAGGAGCAUGGUUCAUCACAGAGAAGAGGACCUGAUCGGGAUCCCCUUCCCAAAUCACAGCAGUGAUGUCCUCUGCAGCCUCAAUGAGCAGCGUCGUGAAGGGCUGCUCUGCGAUGUCAUCCUCAUUGUUCGGGACCAGGAGUACCGCACCCACCGCUCCGUUCUGGCCGCCUGCAGCCAGUACUUCAAGAAACUCUUCACAGUGGCCAACGCUGACGGUGGGGAUCACCAUCACACGGCGGCCGUGUACGAAAUUGACUUUGUGGCUCCGGACUCUCUCACCGCCAUCCUGGAGUUUGCCUACACCUCCACUCUGACUGUCACGGCGUCCAAUGUUAAAGAGAUCCUAAACGCAGCUCAGAUGUUGGAGAUUCCCUGCAUCAUAAACGUUUGCCUGGAGAUCAUGGACAGCGGGGGUGGAGGCGGCGGCGGGAGAGCGGAGGAGGGAGAAGAGGAAGAGGAGGAUGCGGAGGAAGAUGAGGAGGAGGAAGAAGAGGAGGAGGAAGAGGAGGAGGAGGGGUCAAGGAAGGACGAGCAGGAGGAUGAGGAGGACAAUGUCAGCGAGAGGUCCCUGCAGUCUUCGGAGAGCAGGGGGGGGCAGACGCCUCCGGGGACAGAGGACUUGCCUCCUCCCAGCACCUCCACAUACCACCAGCAGUUUGACCUGCACAGAGAGUCCUCGCAGUCACAGUCUCCAGACACCGUGCGAGGAAAACAGGAGAGUAUGGAGAGUCGGGCUUUGAAGGAUUUCUCUAUCGAGUCUCUCCUGCAGGAGGGUCUCUACCCCCGUAUGUCAACACUGGACAGGAGAGCCAACUUCUCCCCUCUCCUCCCAGGCUUCUACCCCUCUAUGUGGGCCGCCGAGUUCCCGGCCUUCCCCAAGCAGCUCCUGGACCCCAGCCACCACCAGCAUCCCCACACAGGAGCCUCACAGCAAAGCAGGCUCCCCCAUGCCUUCCCCAAAUCUGCACCGCUCGAGGCCUCAAGGCCCCUCGACCUAGCUGUGAAAAGAGAAAUCAUAAAGGAGGAGAUGAAAGAGGAAAUCCCACUGAGUCAUCUCCACGGUAACUUCCUGAAAGAGUUUGUCAGCUCGGGCCUAGGCAGCGGCAUGAACGCUGGGUCAGUGCCGUCCGAAGGUCACGCUCUGGGCCAGUUAAAGGAUGAAGCCGACUUCCGGUCGUACCUUAGCUUCCUGAGUUCCGCAUCCCACCUGGGGGCGCUGUUCCCUCCCUGGCAGCUGGAAGAGGAGAGGAAGAUGAAGCCCAAAGCGUCGCAGCAGUGUCCAAUCUGCAACAAAGUCAUCCAAGGAGCUGGGAAACUGCCACGACACAUGAGGACACAUACCGGGGAGAAACCGUACAUGUGCACUAUCUGUGAAGUACGAUUCACCAGACAAGACAAACUCAAGAUCCACAUGAGGAAGCACACUGGUGAGCGCCCCUACAUCUGCCUCCACUGCAACUCCAAGUUUGUCCACAACUACGACCUAAAGAACCACCUGCGUAUCCACACGGGCGUCCGUCCGUACCAAUGUGAGCACUGCUACAAAAGUUUCACACGGUCUGACCACCUACAUCGACACAUCAAGAGGCAGAGCUGCCGCAUCUCCCGCCCCCGACGAGGAAGAAGGCCAGCUGCUUGGCGGUCCACAUCCACCAACAACUUCCUGUGCCCCCCCGCUGCUGCCACCAACCGGUUUGAGGAGAACGGGUUAAGCCCUGCAUACCAAGGAGUCAAGAGUCACGGACUUGGGGGAAUGCUUGGCAACAGGGGUGUGGGAUUUAAGAGCGGGGAUGGCGCAGGCAGGGAGAUCAGGGAGGAACGGCGAGCAGAGGGGAAGCAUGUCGUAGAGGAGGAGAAGGCAGGAGCAGGGAGGCAGAGGGGAGUGUUUGCCUUCGCCCUGGCUGGAGAAGAAGUGCUUACCCACUCUCCAUUUUACGCUGCAACCUCUGAACCCUGGACCAUGAGAUUGGAGCGUGCUCCACCCAUCCCUGAGCCGGCCCAAUGAACUGUGGUCUGUAGAAGAAAAAAAAGACAAGAAAGAAAGUCUCUUUAAUCUCUGUCUGUUCUGCUUCAGGAAGCUAAAGCACCUUUU